AUGGAGUCUGACACGCAGACAGAUAGCGAAGGAUCUUCGCCACCGUCCACGCCCUACAAACGCAGAUGUCCGAUGCAGUCAGGUUCCACGCCGAGCGAGUCGCAUCGGCACGAGAAGCCGGCCGCCAGUAGGGAGUCCACUUCGAGGGAACCGCCGUACAGUCUCACGCCCUACCAACGCAUAAGACCCACGCCGAGCGAGUCGCAUACGCACGAGAAGCCGACCGCCAGUAGCGAGUCCACUCCGAGCGAGUCGCAUAGGCACGAGAAGCCGACCGCCAGUAGCGAGUCCACUUCGAGGGAACCGCCGUACAGUCUCACGCCCUACCAACGCAUAAGACCCACUCCGAGCGAGUCGCAUAGGCACGAGAAGCCGGCCGCCAGUAGGGAGUCCACUUCGAGGGAACCGCCCUACAGUCUCACGCCCUACCAACGCAUAAGACCCACUCCGAGCGAGUCGCAUAGGCACGAGAAGCCGACCGCCAGUAGCGAGUCCACUCUGAGCGAGUCGCAUAGGCACGAGAAGCCGGCCGCCAGUAAGGAGUCCACUCCGAGGGAACCGCCCUACAGUCUCACGCCCUACCAACGCAUAAGACCCACUCCGAGCGAGUCGCAUAGGCACGAGAAGCCGGCCGCCAGUAGCGAGUCCACUCCGAGGGAACCGUCAUGCAGUCUCACGCCCUAUCAACGCAGAAGACCCACGCCGAGCGAGUCGCAUAGGCACGAGAAGCCGGCCGCCAGUAGCGAGUCCACUCCGAGGGAACCGUCAUGCAGUCUCACGCCCUAUCAACGCAGAAGACCCACGCCGAGCGAGUCGCAUCGGCACGAGAAGCCGGCCGCCAGUAGCGAGUCCACUCCGAGCGAACCGCCCUACAGUUUUACACCGUAUCAACGUAUACGUUCCACUGACCACCACGAAUCUAGUCCUUCGUCGGACGACGAAGUAAUAUCUCUACUCGCGCAUAUACCCGGGGCAAUCACUCCGUCUCUCGUCACCGCGGGGUCGGAACCUUACGAAGUAUAUUAUGCGAGUCGCGAAGGAUGCGCACCACACGUGCUUAUGAUGAAACUUGAACACGGCACCUCAUCCCACAACGUUCCCGAUUGGUCCGAGAAUUCGCUACGAAUUUCGUGGGCCGGAAGAAACGGCGCCUCCGCUUUUUUGACGCAUUUAAUGAUGCAUCCGAGUGCGAAGGAACUCUGUAUUCAACCGACUGGCGAAACUGACGUGAUCGAUGCAUUACGUGUAGAAUUGACGCAAUUGCCGUCCUUACCCCGGCUCGAGACGUUAAAAAUGGCCGGAUGUUAUAUGAUCGGAGAUGUGGACGCUUCCAAAAUACUCGCUUCUUAUCCAAAUCUGACCUUUGUGGACCUAUCGUCUUGUAUGCCGGUGGGGGACGUUGCCGUCAUGAACGUUCCCAAAACUGCGCAGACCGUGCUACUAGCAAACUGUGAGAAUGUCACCGAUAACGGUCUUGACCUUUUGGCUGCUAACGCCGGAGAAAUUCUCGUACACGCGGACCUUUCGGGACUAGUUAAAAUAACGGACAGAGGCGUGCGCGGUUUCUUAGCCAAAUGUGUAAAGUUAGAGACAAUAAAGUUGUCCGGAUGCUACCAACUCCGUAUGGACAUAUUUGACGUGAUUGCCAAUCGAGCGCCGCAGAUGUUGAAGUACGUCGACGUAUCUUUCUGUUACGAUGUAAAUGUAGACCUUUUGCAUCGAGGACAUACUAUGUUUGACGAGAAGCGAAACUGUAGACACGUGGUAGUAGUAUGCCCCUAUAGGCAUACGCACCCGGUAUUUUGUGAAAGGAAAUAA